AUGAGUAUGGACGCUGGCGGUCUUGCUCAGAUGACUUACAACUCAUCUUUCAAUAAUGGCAGUUCUCUUGGGGCGCCUGGUUCCGGCUUUGGGUCCAGGAGAAAAGGCGCUAAUAUCAAGCGCCUGAGUGUGCCUCCUCCACACAUUUCAACCAUCGAUGAAUCCCAGCCUUCUGCCCCUGUUCCUACGCCUCGCACAAGCCGCUCCCAUCUUCUGGCUGGCCUGCGGACUGCUCCCAAGUCGGCCACGGUUCCUUCGGCUUCGCAGCGCCAGCACCAACUCGGGAUGGAGGGUGAUCGAUAUGGGAAUCAUGCGAAUCGCAUCGCUCAACGGGUCCCGCAGACUGCGAUGGGAACUGGAUUCCCUCGACAUUCGUUCGCUAUGAGUCAGAAUCAGGACAUGAACCAAGGUCGUCCCAUGUAUACUCUGCCGGAGCAGGUGCUCGCACCUCCGACUAUUGACAUUGCUGGCGAUAUGAACAUUGAUGAAAGCGUAUACGCGGAGCUGAUGUCAACCAAUCUCUUCUUAGCUGCACAGCAACAACGUCUGCAACAACAGUUGGUCAGCGUGACCGCUGCAACUCAGCAGUUUCAAGGUCUUAAUCUGGGGAUGCCCACAGGGUUGCAGCAACAGCAGGAACUCCCAUCCCUGUCUCUUCCGGGCGUGGGAUUCUACCAGCAACAGCUUCAGCAGGGGGUGCAACCUGUUGUGCAGCCUGUACUCAGUCAGCCUGGGCUUUUCUCUGUCUACAACCCUCUUACGGGCCAGCAGAACUACGUCUACGACAACUCUUUCCAGCAGGACGGCUCUCUUUCUCCCUACCAGGAAGAAGAACAGCCCUCCGCUAUGCAGGUGCCGACCUUCCGUGCUGAAGUGUCUCCACCCCCAGAAUCGACAGAAUUCCCCGAGAGCAUUCCGCAGUCGGUUUCUCCCCCUAGUGCCAGUUCUUCUCCCCCUCGCGAGGCCGCCCCUCUGCCGCCGCCUUCCGCCAACGCAUUCCGCAGAGGUCAUAAGAGGAGUUCCUCGUUUAACCAAUCGCCCAAGGUCCCAAUUGAUACGGCCCGCGCCAAUGCCAACACCAGUUCUGCUGCGCCUAAGACGGCUGCUUUGCCACCGACACCCGCCACCGGCACUUUCGGACCCGGGCAGGGACGUGCCGGCGAACACCCCAUCCGCCAACCCCGUGGUCCUCCCUCGUUGGAGGAACUGGUUGCCAAGCCUACCUCGAAACAUGAAGGAAGCAAGAAUUUUGCGACUCGCCAACGUCGACGGGCCGUUCACAACUUGGUUCGUGCGGGGAUUGAGCGGCGUGGUGAGAAUCGGAGCCUUGGAUGCCAUAGUAGUGGUGGCACCAACACACCGGCAAGUGAAAAUGAAUUCACAUUCUCCGACGGGGAUGACGUCACGGUUCGUAGUGGGAGUCUCUCUAGCAAGCCAAGUCUGGGCAGUCUGCGUGCUGCUGCCAACGGUGCGAUUGGCUCCGAGAGGAAGGAAAGAUCUUCUCGGGAACGACGAUCGCAGGAGAGUCCCUAUAAUACUCCCGUCAGUGAGGAUGGAGGGUUCUUUGGUGGAAGGUUUGCGGACGUCCGAACGGGUCAAGUUUCUCCCCCAGCGGGAUCCCCUUCGGUUGCUGCUGUCGUCGCGGGCCAGAAGACAGUAGCUCAGGGUUCGGGAAGGCGCAAGACUCCAAUGCUUGUGCUGUCCAGCGCCGAAAAGCGCAAGACCCCGAUCAUGUAA